AUGGUCUCCCCUCGCACAGCUGUUGUUUUUCUCUCUUUAGCGCUUUGCGCUCGCGCAUCGUUCCGCGACUACGGAAUUCCCGAGUCAGACGCGACUGUCGACGUACGCGUCUUCGAUGUCGGAACUUCCUCGGUCACCAAUGGCACGGGUCUAAUUCUGCACCCUGUACCGGCCGGCCGAGAGACCAUCACUUUCCCCUUGUUCGCGUUCUUGAUCGAGCACCAAGGGAAGCGGAUCAUGUUUGACUUGGGCAUGAGAAACGACACCCAGAAUUUCGCGCCUAGCAUCGCCAGUGUGUUCGCCGCGAACAUCUCCAAGCUCGAGGAGCCCAAUGGAGACAUCACGGGAAUGCUGGAGGCGGGCGGAAUCCCUCUGAAUACGAUUGAUACAGUCAUCUGGAGCCACGCGCAUUUUGACCACAUCGGAGACAUGUCCAAAUUCCCGAACAGCACCGAACUCGUCAUUGGGGCCGAGACCAACACGGACACUUAUCCUCAAGUUCCUACUGCAAGUUUGAAAGUUGAAGAUCUUGCCGGACGCACUGUGACCAAGAUCGACUUCUCGAAGGCCAAUACCACAUUCAGUGGCCUGAAAGCUGUCGACUACUUUGGAGACGGGAGUUUCUAUCUUCUGGACACCCCUGGUCAUCUGGCUGGUCAUAUCACCGCGUUAGCCCGGACCACCAGCUCCUCGUUCCUCGUCCUUGGCGGCGACACAUUCCACCAUCCCGGCGCAAUUCGCCCCCGGCCAGCGUUCCAGCAACAGUACCCUUGCCCCGCCCAUCUGCUCGAGGACGCCAAAACCAUCUCCACAGAGUACUUCUGGUCUCCGAAGAGCCGUGCGGGCGCAUUCGAUCUUCCCUCGCGCCCGGAGCAGCUCUUUGCCCUGUCGGACUCGCCCAACUCGUUCUUCGCCGAUCCGGUCGUCUCGCAGAUCUCCGUCGCAAAGCUUGCCAACUUUGAUGCCGAUCCGGACUUCUUCGUCGUCAUCUCCCAUGACAUCAGUCUGCGCGGGGCGAUCCCCGUGUUCCCCGCAUACCUGAACCGCUGGAAGCACGAUCAACUGAAGGAGAAUACGGUGUGGGGAUUCCUGAACAAGUCGAGCCCGUCUUUUAUGUUUACUCCCAUCUAA